AUGGAUGACCGAGCGCGAAGCCGGUCUCCUCGCCGACGGGAUGACGGUGACCGAGAUCGACCCAAGAAGUCCGGAGGCUUUCGAUGGAAGGAAAAACGGCGCGACGACGAUGACCGCGGCGAUGAUCGCAAGUUAGAUCGAGGAUAUCGGGAUCGAGGAGAUCGGCCACGAUCCCCACGGAAGGAUCGCGAUGGCGAUCGAUACGGAGAAAGAUACAGGGACGGCGACCGUGACCGUGAUCGUGACCGCGAUCGCCGGCGCGAUGAUCGAGAUGCACCGCGGGAAGACCGCGAGAAAAAGAAGGAGAAGAAAGAGAAGAAGGAAAAGAAGCCGGUCAUGCCCCAGUCAUCAGAGCCAAUGAUUGUCGUUCAUGUCAACGACCGUCUGGGUACUAAGGCUGCGAUUCCCUGUCUGGCCUCGGAUCCUAUUAAGCUAUUCAAGGCCCAAGUUGCCGCCCGCAUCGGUCGCGAACCCCACGAAAUUCUCCUCAAACGCCAAGGCGAACGCCCAUUCAAGGAUCAGUUGACGCUGGAGGACUACGGCGUGAGCAACGGAGUACAGCUUGACUUGGAAGUUGGAACUGGCGACUAA